AAUCUCCUAGGCUUGGCCUGGAGGCCCAGCAGGUCUGGCAGCUCUUCAGCCGAAGCAACUGCCACAAAAACAGAAGACGACUCCUUCCUCCAGUGGUUUCUGCUUCUCAUUCCUGUGACUGCCUUUGGUCUGGGGACAUGGCAGGUCCAGCGCCGGAAAUGGAAGCUAAAGCUGAUCGCAGAGCUCGAAUCAAGAGUCUUGGCUGAGCCCAUCCCGCUGCCCGCAGACCCAGUGGAACUGAAAAGCCUGGAGUACAGGCCGGUGAAGGUCAGGGGGCACUUCGACCACUCCAAGGAGCUCUACAUGAUGCCGCGGACCUUGGUGGACCCUGCCCGGGAGGCCCGCGAGGCCGGCCGGCUCUCUUCGUCGGCCGAGAGCGGUGCCUACGUUAUCACUCCCUUCUACUGCACUGCCCUGGGAAUCACCAUCCUGGUAAACAGAGGCUUUGUGCCCAGGAAGAAAGUCAGUCCUGAUACCCGGCAGAAAGGCCAGGUUGAGGGAGAAGUGGACCUGGUUGGGAUGGUGAGGCUGACGGAAAGCAGGAAGCCCUUCGUCCCGGAGAACGACCCCGAGAGGAACCACUGGCACUACCGGGACCUGGCAGCCAUGGCCAGGCUCACGGGCGCGGAGCCCAUUUUCAUCGACGCAGACUUCAAGAGCACAGUCCCCGGGGGACCUAUCGGAGGGCAAACCAGAGUCACUCUGAGAAACGAGCACCUGCAGUACAUCCUCACCUGGUAUGGACUCUGUGCAGCUACAUCAUACCUGUGGUUUCAGAAAUUCAUACGUCGGACUCCAGGUGUGUGAUGUGAUCAGCUGAUGGAGUCCUGUUCCUGAACAAUUAGGAAGCUAUCCCAAGAGAUCUGGUUUUAUGUUGAUCAUGUACCACUGGUAUCAAUAAAUAAGUACCUCUGCUA